AUGGAGUAUGGGAAGAGAACUUUUGAUUUGGCUGUGAUGAAUGGUCACUUGUCUACAGCUGGUCGGUUUGUGUUGGCAAGUGAAAGAAUGGAAGAUCUUACAUUUGAGACUCGUCCUCUCGUGUUCCAUUGGGCAUGUAAGAACAAGAGAGUUGAUGUUGCAAGAAAUAUUGUGGAACAUGACGGAACAGAAUGGAAAGACGACGAUGGACAAACUUUACUUCACUAUGCUGCUGAUCAUGGCAACUGUGAUCUGGUUGAUGUUCUCUUGAGCAAGAAGGCAGAUGCUGAUGCUUCAGACAAGUCUGGUCGCACUUUACUUCACUUUGCUGCUGAACUUGAUGAUCGUAGUGCAUUCAAGAAAGCGACUGUUUCCACUAAGAGCUUGGAAGAUCCGGGAUGUGCAAACCAAAGCGUCUACGAACGUCUUAUUUUGAAGUAUUGGGUUGUUUUGUUGACUCGCCGAGUCUGA